UGGCAAAGUUUGGGAAUGAUAGAAAGGCUGUUGAAGAUAAUCGCGGAGAGGAGCUGGAAUGCUACUGCUUUGCGGAUUACAGUAACAUUCACACGUUGUUUUCUGUAAGCACCCAACUCUAGUGCUCGGAUUCAGCAGGAUUUAAAUAAAGGUACGCAAUCCUGAGACAUGUCGGAGGACCUGAGCUCCCAACCCUGGUCCAUCAACAAGGAUGACUAUGAGCUGCAGGAGGUGAUCGGAAGCGGCGCUACGGCUGUGGUCCAGGCUGCCUACUGUGUGCCCAGGAAGGAGAAGGUUGCCAUCAAACGCAUCAAUCUGGAAAAAUGCCAGACCAGCAUGGACGAGCUCCUGAAAGAGAUUCAGGCGAUGAGCCAGUGUCACCAUCCCAACAUUGUGUCGUACUACACCUCGUUCGUGGUGAAGGAUGAGCUGUGGUUGGUCAUGAAGCUGCUCAGUGGUGGUUCUGUGUUGGAUGUUAUAAAGCACAUCAUUUCAAAGGGGGAACACAAGACCGGUGUACUGGAUGAACCCAGUAUAGCUACUGUGCUGAAAGAGGUUCUUCAGGGUCUCGAGUACCUUCACAAAAAUGGACAGAUUCACAGGGAUCUCAAAGCUGGAAAUAUCCUGCUGGGAGAGGAUGGAUCAGUGCAAAUCGCAGAUUUCGGUGUAAGUGCCUUCUUAGCCACUGGUGGUGACAUCACUCGAAAUAAAGUGCGGAAGACGUUUGUGGGAACGCCAUGUUGGAUGGCUCCAGAAGUUAUGGAACAGGUGAAAGGUUACGACUUCAAAGCAGACAUCUGGAGUUUUGGGAUCACAGCCAUCGAGCUGGCCACAGGCGCUGCUCCUUACCACAAAUACCCUCCUAUGAAGGUGUUGAUGUUGACCCUGCAGAAUGAUCCGCCUUGCCUUGAGACUGGAAUCACAGAUAAGGAGGUCGUGAAGAAAUAUGGGAAAUCCUUGAGGAAGAUGAUCUCCUUGUGUUUGCAGAAGGAUCCAGAGAAAAGGCCAACAUCAUCAGAACUCUUAAAACAUAAAUUCUUCCAGAAAGCCAAGAAUAACGAAUUUCUGCAGGAGAAAUUAUUACAGAGAGCACCUACAAUUACAGAGAGAGCGAGAAAGGUUCGGCGAGUUCCUGGCUCCAGUGGGAGACUCCAUAAAACAGAAGAUGGAGAAUGGGAAUGGAGCGAUGAUGAACUGGAUGAGGAGAGCGAGGAGGGCAAAGCUGCGGUUGCUGCCUUACGGGAGCAGCAGUCCAAGUCGACAAGGCGACAAGUCCGUUUCUCUCAUCCUCUUGAGCUGCCCCCACCCAGGUCACCAAGAGUAAAAGAAGGACUCCAGAAUGCAGAGUUAUUCCAGUCUUUCGGCAGUCACCUUCAGCCUGAACUACCUCAAGCUGCUGGCCAGGGCCCGGCCAGCACUCAACACACUGCCCCAACUACAACCCCAACCCCAGCUGCCAACCCUGCGCAGGCCCCAGUUCCUGGAGGCGAUGCCUCACCAUCCCCCAUCAGUUUAGUAUUAAGGUUAAGAAACUUGAAAAAGGAACUGAAUGACAUACGAUUUGAGUUCAUGCCUGGCAGAGACACAGCUGACGGCGUUUCUCAGGAGCUGGUAUCGGCCGGCUUGGUAGAUGGGAGAGAUUUAGUUAUUGUGGCUGCUAAUUUGCAGAAGAUAGUCGAAGAGCCUCAUUCCAAUAAAAAUGUCACAUUUAAACUGGCCUCUGGCGUCGAGGGCUCUGAGAUUCCUGAUGAUGUCAAACUCUUGGGAUUUGCUCAGCUCAGCAUUAGCUAAACUCUGGCUCUGUGCGGGACCAUGACUUGCCUACAAAUGUGAAAACAAACCAACACUACCAACAGAACGACGCAAUGAUGUAUUUUUUUUUUUUUUCCCUCUUUCAAUUGCCCUAAAGAAACCACUGUUGCCAAAGAGAAAAGUACCAUAGCGCCAGCCCAUAGGAUUUCAAACGGCCCGACGGAAGAGUUGCACAAACACGAGAAUGAUCAGAAUUUGUAGGAAUCGAUUAAAAUAAAGUUUACGAUUUAUUUGUAUAAGGAUGCAUUAUCAUAACCUUAUAUAUAACCUUAAUAUUCUUUUAAUUCUCUCUUUCUUUUCUAUGUUUGUCCUAGUUUUGCACAAUCUGAACUGACACCCUAAAAAUGAACAAAGCAAAAAUGCCUCAAUUAUAACUACUGAGCACAGAGGAGUGAAACUCAAUGAAAGUUUAUAGAGGAAAUGAGUAAAUGGGUUUAGCUAUAGUUCUAGCUUUUUUUAACCUGUAUUUUUUCUAUGCUUUUGAAGAGAAGCAGCUAAGCAUGUUUUAUCACACUGCGGUUUUGAAAUGCAAAACAACUCUUAAUUUCUCUGCUGUUAUACACAGAGCUUGAUUUCUUCAGAUACAGACACAAAAAUUCAAACACUUAAAUAUUUCAGAAUUAGCUGAUUUAUUCACUGUCAUUGAGCCCUAAUGAACACUCCUGAUGGCUGGCUUUACUGCUUUAUUCCCUUUUUUUGCUUUUCCAUGGCACAUUUGCAAAUGUUACUAUCCUGUGCUGCUCAAAGUUAUUGCCUUAAUAUUUCUACACAUUUUUGCAUCAAACACAUCUCUCCUUUUUUAGAUUUCGCAUUAAUUUGUGAAUUUGGUUUUAAUUUUUUGACACUAUCUGUGACUUCUCAUUUUAUAAGUAUCUCUGUAAGUGAUUUAGGUUUUUGGAAAAGGUAGAAGUACCUGAGGUACCUGAUGAAACUUUGGUGUUUGGCUUUUUCCUGCUCUGGAAUUGAACUCUUAAGUAUUCAUGUGUAUUUCUGAUGUGAGUGAACUCGAUUGAGCAUGUAAAUAAUGUAAUUUGCCAUUUGGUUUGAUUUUAUAUGGGAUGUUUCACUCAUGGCCUUUGUGUUCUUCAUAAAUAAGGUGAUGGGAGGUGGUGUCAGCUACUAAAGACACUUUGUGAGGUUU